AUGGGUGAGAGGCUGAAAGGGAAGGUGAAAAGUUUCAAUAGCUCGGACGGUUACGGGUACAUAACCCCCAAUGACGGAGGGGACGACCUCUUCGUGCUCCAGUCCUCGAUCCGCCUCGCGGCCUUGCGGUUCGCGGACCGCCGGAGUCUGUUGGAGGGCGAGAACGUGGAGUACAAGAUCGAGUCCAGAUCCGACGGCAGUCCCAUGGCCGUCGAUGUCACCGGAGUUGGGGUUGAUACCCCUGAUGAUGGAGGGGAUGACCUGGUCUCGUACCGGUCCAAGAUCCGCGCCAAGGGCUGCUGGAGACUGACUGAGGGCGAGGCCGUGGAGUACAUGAUAGAGUACUCAGACUACACCAACGUCAGCGACAGGGCCGUCGACAUCAACGGGCCGGGAGAGUCCAACGUACAGGAAAGCUGCGUCAGUUCUGGGAUUCCUUGUUAUAAUAGGUUUUGUAUUAACAAUUAUCGGCAUUCCGAGGCAUGGGAAUCGAAAUUUAGGCCCAAGGCACGGGAAUCGGAAUCCUAA